AUGAACGAGACUCAAAAUGCCACGGUGGGUCCACAGCCGGAGCUGGUGCUCAGCCCCGGUGCUACCGACGGAGCGGCUCAGGAAGGCGGCGGUGGCAGCGGAGGGCUGUGGGUGACCUCCCUGCUCGGGACCACGCUGAUGAUCAUGUGCACUCUGGGAGUGGCUGGAAACCUGUACACGCUCUUCAUCACGCGCUCGGCCGCCCUGCGCAAAACAGGCUCCAUGUACAUCUACAUCCUCAACCUGGCCCUGGCCGACCUCCUCUACCUGUCCACCAUCCCCUUCGUGGUCUGCACCUACUUCGCCCACGACUGGCUGUUCGGGGAAGUGGGCUGCCGCGUCCUCUUGAGCCUGGAUCUCCUCACCAUGCACGCCAGCGUCUUCAUCUUGGUGGCCAUGAGCCUGGAGCGCUACCGUGCCGUGGCCCAGCCGUUCAGCGCUCACCGGUCCUCGUCUCGAACGCGCAAGCUCACAGCCGCCGUGGUGUGGGGUCUGGCCUUUGUUUUGACUCUGCCCAUGAUGGUGAUGAUUCGGCUCAGCGAAGGCAAAGCCACUGUGGCUGGAUUGGUGAAGAGGAUCUGCUUCCCCACCUGGACCCACGAGGCCUUCAAAGCCUACAUCGCCAUCCUGUUCCUGACCAGCGUUCUGGUCCCCGGCCUGGUCAUUGUCGGCCUGUACGCGGGGCUAGCGAAGCGCUACUGGUCGGCCCAGGCCAGGUUGGGAGGAAGCGGCCGCUCCGCCCGCAGGAAGAGCCUCAGACAAAAGGUGGUCUCCAUGAUCUUCAGCAUCGUGGUGGCUUACUGGGCUUGCUUCUUACCCUUCUGGGGAUGGCAGCUGGCCAAGCUCUUCUCGCCGGAGUCCCUCAGGGCUCUGUCUCCCGCCGCUCACAACUACGUGAACUUCUUUGUCACCUGUCUGACCUACGGGAACAGCUGCAUCAACCCGUUCCUCUACACGCUCCUCACCCGGAACUACAAGGAUUAUUUGGCUCAGAAGGGUCAGUCUGUCGGGACGAGCAGGACGGACCCGGGUUCGGCAGUGAGCACGCCCAUGCAGGAGCUGUAG